GUUCAUAACUAGCUAUCCCUUUCUAACAUGUCAAUCAGCUGUUCUACCAACAUGGCCACGUUAAGCCGUACAUCAGGAAAAUUAUUACGAAAAGUACAGUUUUUACCAAUUUUCUCGCGUAAUUUCAGUUCAGUGAAGUGUAACAAAUUUAAUAAAUAUGUGUGGAACACCUGUGCCUGUGUUAUCGGAGGUGGUAUUUUGUUAUACACCACUAAUGUCAAGAAUAGAGGAAUCGUCUACGCUCUCAAAGCAAAGCAACCGGAAGAACUGAUGAAGUCCGUGAAGCUGACGUCACGCGAGCGUCGCUUCAUCAAAUUUGCGAGCGUGGAGUACGGGGGCCAGCUGUACAUGACGCCGCAGGAUUUCCUGGAGUCCGUCGUGGAGCAGGAGCCGAGACCACGUUUGAAACGGCGCAUCCUCACGACUAAAGAGAUUGAGCAACUGCGAGACCAGGUACCGCCUCUGAAGAAAGGCUCCUCGCAGAUGUUCCGCAGCAUGAGGGAUAGAGGGAUCAUCUCGUACACCGAGUACCUAUUUCUUCUAUCCAUCCUCACGAAGCCAGCUUCAGGGUUCGAGAUAGCGUUCAACAUGUUCGACACGGACGGCAACCAGAGAGUCGAUAAAAACGAGUUUCUAGUCAUACAGCGCCUGCUCGGCGGCACGCUGAAGGAGCGAAAGGAUUUGGACGUCCACACCGAGAAGGCACUGCUUACUCUAGUGUCGUCCAGCGAGCUCAAGCAGAAGGUGGAGCAGGUUGAAAGAAACCCUAGGCCGAAGCUGACUGUAAUGGAGAAGAUCUUUAGUUACGCGUGGAAAGGCAAGCGCGGCAUGGCCGUGGAGGAGGAGGAGGGCCAGGGGCCGCAGGAGAACUACAUCAACGACGACCAGGGGCUGCAGAGGCGGCACAACGUUGACACCCUCCUACAGGUCCAUUUCUUCGGCAAGAAGGGCACAAACGACUUGAAAUUUGAGGGGUUCAGGCAGUUUAUGGAGAACUUGCAGACCGAGGUGUUAGAGCUGGAGUUCCACGAAUUCGCGAAGGGACACGAAACGAUAUCUGAAGUGGACUUCGCGAAGAUCCUGCUGCGCUACACGUACCUGGACACGGACGAGUACGACAUGUACCUGGACCGACUGCUCGACCGCGUCAAGGACGAGCGCGGCAUCACCUUCGAGGAGUUCAAGACAUUCUGCCAGUUCCUCAACAACCUGGAGGACUUCACCAUCGCCAUGCGCAUGUACACGCUGGCCGACCACCCCAUCUCCAAGGAGGAGUUCCAGCGCGCCGUCCGCGUGUGCACCGGCCAGGAACACUCGCCGCGCCUGGUGGCCACCGUUUUCGCCAUCUUCGACGCCGACGGCGACGGCCGCCUCAGCUACAAGGAGUUCAUCGCCAUCAUGAAGGACCGCCUGCACCGCGGGUUCAAGUCGUACGCGAAGAACGAGGGCUGGGACGCGUUCAAGUCUUGCGUCAAACAAGAGAUGAAGAGCGCCGUGUGAGCGACGCACGCACACACGCGCACACGCGCACGCGCGCACACGCACGCGCGCACACGCGCACACGCGCCGGCUGGUGACGUCUCGCCAAACUCAUUAUCGAUCUCAUACUUGUUUACAUAACCGCACUUACAGAUAUUUCUAUUUCAAUUAGAUAAAGAUCAAAUACAACACUCGUUAAAUUAUUUUUAGAAAUUUAAAGAAAACAAAAUUAACAAAUAUAUGAAUAACAGUAUUUACUAAAUAAAAAAUGUUACCAUAUAAAAGAAAACUAUUAAAUUUAAAUAUACUAUUAUAACAUUUUUAUAAUUAAAAUACUUAAUUCUUAAAUUUUAGGUAACAGAAAUAGUUUUUAGAACGAACCAAUGUGUUUGAAUUAGAAUGAUUAUGUACAAACCGACACCCUUCGUGCAUUAUUAAUUAAUUCAUACUCAUCAUUGUUUUAAAAUCAAAAUUAAUAAUUGACUUUAAGAACAAACUGUCAUAAAAAUAAUUUGUAAUAUAUUUUUAUUGUUGCUUUGCUUGAGAUUACUAACGUUCAGCUCAUCUAAUUAAAGUAUUAAAAUAUCUCGUAGGUACUUAAUUGCUUGUGAUAUUUAAAUAUGUUGCCAGUAUCGAUAUACUUUUUUUUUCAAAUAUGUUGUGAUGUUUUGUUGUUUAAAUAUGGUUGUACUUUGUUUUAUAUAAUUCAAAAUUAUUUAUUGAAUGUAAACGCUAGCAAUCAAAUACGAUAGUCUCACUAAUUCUUUUGCUUUUUGUUCAGGUAGUUGUAAAUAAAAAUGUUACCUUUGAACUAAGACCCUUAGCUUAUGUUUUUAAUCCUCUUCCGUGUAAAAACAACUCUUAGAUUCGGUUUUAUUUUAUAGAACUCAAGUUACAGAAAGUUGUUCUUAUGAAACUUAUUAUACCAAGUGCUUAAGAUAUGAACACUUGCUAUAAUGGCUCGUUUCUAAACAGUAUUUGUGAAAAAGAAACCUUACCACGCACACAAUAAUGAGUGAUUUCAUUUGCUAGUCAUACGCAAGUAAGCGCACUUCUAAAAUAAUUAUUUAUUGUGAAUUAUUCUAUUGUAAUACAAUUAUAUAAAGGUUGUUAAUUAUGCUUUUUAAUGUAAUAAAAUGUUAACAA